AUGAAAAGAAUUCGUUUGUAAUUUAAGUUUUCAUAAGAAAAAACUUAGUAAUUGAUCUUAGUUGACUUUAAUGAUUAACUAAAAGGUAUAUAUUGAUAACAAAUAACAUUAAAAGAACCUAUUGAAAAAUGGCUAGCUCAUUCAACUAAAUACAUUUUCAAUCAACAAUCUUACCCUCAUAGAGCCUUUAGUUUAUUUUUAUUUGAUUCACAAUACAGAUUACUCCUAUAAUAACGCAGUAAUGCUAAAAAAACAUUUCCUUUAUUAUGGGCUAAUACAUGUUGUAGUCAUUAACUCUAUCACGGAAAUGAGAACGACGCACUUAUGAAAUAUCGACUCAGUGAAUAUUAUGUUAGAUAAAGAACACUUGCAGAGUUGAAUUUUGAUAUUAAGGAUACAAAAAUAGAAUUAAUCUAAAAAAUAAUAUACUCUGCUAAAGAUAGUGAUCAAUUUGGAGAAUAUGAAUGUAUUCCUUUUAUUUUACAAGAUAGUGGAUUAUAUAUAUUUUGCAAAAUUGGAAUAAGAAUAGCCUAAGAUUGAAUGGAACCCAGAAGAAGUAUAAGAUUGCAAAUGGUUAAGUCAGAGGGAAUUUUUACAAUUUAAAUAAUAAAACUAAGUAAAGUUUGUAACAUAUUUAGAAAAAAUUUACACCUUGGUUCAAUUUGAUAAAUGAUACUUAUCUUAUGAAUUGGUGGACAAAAUACUAAGAAAAUAAUAAAAGCUUUAUAUAAUAAGAGACUAUAGUGAAAUUAAAUUGAGG